AAAUGUGCUUAGCGGGAGUUUCCUAGAUUCAUUUUAUUUAUUUUGUGAUCUCACUUUUACACGUUUAACAGAAACAGUUUUCAUUAAUCAUUAUUGCAUUUACUGCGAUACAGUGCACAAGUGUGUUAAAAAGUUUCCGAAUUUCCAGUUGUCUGAGAGUUGUACUUAUCCGUGUUCAAAAUGUUACAACUGCCGAUAUUUUAUGGUCAGCAUCAAAACAGUCCUUUGGACAGCGUUUACAAAGCUCUGCACAAUAAGGAUUUAGCCAAGUCUGUUGCAGCUGCCGUAGACGUAUUGAGAAUGACAAAUAACUUUGUGAAAAUUGAUAACAAAGGAAAACAAUCACAAGCAGCUAUUGAGCAUGGGGUUGAGGGCAAAAAAGCUUUUUGUGAAGGCGAUUUUCAGUUGGCAUUGGUGAAAUAUAACAUGGCUAUAAUGAGGGCUCCUUCUAACUCCGAAGCUAUGAGGCUAGCAUACUACAGCCGAGCAGAACUCUUGCUUAAAGCGAAGCAGUUCAAAGCAUGUGUCAAAGAUGUGGAGACUUGCCUGGCGCUGAGCUGCCCAGAGACCCUGGCUACUAAGUUACGCGAGAUGAGAGCUGCAGCCAGCCAGUUCACAUGGUUAGAGGAGUUUGCUGUAAGGCAUGCAGCCACACCAUUUACUGAGCACUACUUUAAACUGAAAGGAGACAGUCACCCAGAUAUACCGUGUGCCAUAUCCGAUGUGGAAGUCAUCGUGGAAUCCGGACAAGUCAAAAUUGUUGCUGCAAGGGACAUUCCAGUUGGCACUCUCGUAGCAUUGGAAACUGCAUUCGUGGCAGCCGAGCAUAUCAUGAAUCAUGUUACUUCAUGCCACUACUGUCUGAAGAUGUCUUUUAACUUAAUACCUUGUGAUGGAUGCUCUGCUGCCUUCUUCUGUGACAAAACUUGCAAAGAAAAGUCUAUGCGUGAAGGACAUAAUAUUGCUUGCAAAAUUAUGGACGUUAUAAUAGAUGAUGUCAAGCUACCAGUCAAAGCUGUUCUUAAAAUACGUCAGCUCUGUGACUCUUGGGAAGAAUUCAUAAUUGCAUCCUAUGAUUUAGGCACAGACAGGAUGAAAAACGCAACUAUUGCUGACAUCUUUGGAUCAGACAAGUUUUCACUAUUGAAUUCAAAUUAUGACACACAUUUCAAGUACGGUGCGUUGUUCAACAGAAGCAUGUAUUUUGCCAAUAUAAUACAUUAUUUGGAUAUGAAGACAUCAUUUUUCCCGACCGCACCUGAAAAGAAGAAGGCUGCUAUUGAUGCAGUCAGCAGGAUGUUGAUGCACCUAUCUGUAUAUUGUACACCUGUGCAACUGCAGUAUUGUACUUCUAUGUGCGUGGAGGGUCGUGUUUCCCUGCACAAUCACCCAAAUAAAGGGUACUUUCCAUUCAUGAGCAAACUCGCUCAUUCUUGCGUGCCGAACUUGUAUGUGGCGGGGCUGCGUAAUAGCGCCGCGCUGGUGUCGGUGAUGCCCAUCAAGAAGGGAGAAGAAUUGACCAUUUCUUAUUCAGGCCAUUGGUUGGAAGUUCAGCCAAGUGAAAAUCGUUAUAGAGCAAAGAAAAUGUUUGUCCACUACAGGACUAUAUGCCAGGACUGCAAGGUCUGCAGUGAGGAUGACUCUCUUCGAAAGCAGUCGUUAUCUGAUGAAGAAUUGAAAGCUUACCAUACCUUUAUAAUUCACCAUCCCGAUACAACAAUAAAUUUUCCACAAAAUAUUGCCACACGUUACAAGGAUACAUGUAAAAUUUUGCAAAAGCUGAGUAAAGCACCUUUUUCCAAGGAGUACGCUUUGGCAUUCGUAGCGUUGCUACAUUGUCUUAUGCAUUGUAUUGAAUAUAAGUAUCCGAAUGUGAUUAUGAAUCAGUAUGAAUAGCAAGUAAUAAGUAUAAAGAUAAUUAUUGAUGACGCCUUAAGGCUGGUCAGUUUAUCGAUUGCGGAUCCUUAUAGUCAGUGUGCUAUUUAGUAACGAGUGACUGCUCAGCAUGACCUAUUUAAUUUUAAUUGACUUGCAGUAAUAAUAAUGUUCAGGUAGGAUUGGUAGGAUCUUCAUAUUAUUAGGUAUUACUCUUCUAAUUAUACUUGUUUGUGGUCAUUACAACGAAAAAGAUAUUGUCACAUAGGUGGUUACGUUGUUUGCGUAUAGAAAUUAUAUAAAGCAUGCAAAUUUUUUCAAUGUCUUUCAAGCCAAUGCAUGCAGUAUCGCCUAGAAGAUUUUUCUUCUGCCCGUCGGCAUACACAUACUUUUAUUAUGCCGGUUGCAUAGCCGCUCGGUAUAAACCAAAUAUGUAGGUACAUGAGAUGAUGAGAGAGAUAUGAGGGUGACUGGUAAUUAGUGACCGAUACUAUUACAAACAACUGUGGCCAAAAUAAAUUUUUAUUCAAA